CUUCCACAUUUCAGCACGAUUGACGUGGCGACAACCAUCUUGCGUGUCUGCAGACUGCGCCAGCUACCGUAAUCCCCCCUCCCUGCGAGCCAAAACUAAUCUACCGCGCGCAGCACACUGGCCCGCCGUCCUCCGCACCUGCACGCCGGAAAUACUCUGGUUUCUGUCUUUCCGACUCGCUACUCAGACAGCCAUUUUGAUUCAAAAUUCCCAUUGUGUCGCCACCAAGAAGGCAUGAACGAUCAGCAUUCUAACUCCAAAACAAACCUGGACAACAACAGAUACAGCUCCGCCCGGACCUCCAAGAGACUGAUGUGGAGAUGCAUCAGCCUUGGUCAUAUUUUCUCUCUUAAAAACAGGGUAGAAGUGUAAGAACAAGGUGAAGUUGGUUCAAAAAAUUUCUUAGGCGCGUAGAGAGUGGGGACCCAUGUUUCAAGUAGAAGAGACUCUAAAGUUAGCUUAGCAUCGGUCAUUGGUGCAAUCCUCUUUUCUGAAGGCCAUCAAUCGUAGCUUCAUAUACUUGCCAACAAGUUCAAGAAUGAAAGUGACAGUGGAUGCAGCAAUACUCAAGUUCAUCUUUCAAGAACCCACUUUCAGGCCUUUUCGGAGCUUGUACCAUGUUCAAACUGUUAAGCCACAUAUAUCUAUUUCUUCAUAUUGGUAUUUAGAAAUAUCAAAUUGCAAUCAAGUUCGGAGCUUGAGAACCUACUCAUUGCAGCCAGCUUGUGGAGAGUUUCGUAUGAUUUUGGGGCCUAUGUUAGCUGGAAAAAAGACCACCCUUCUGAACACAAUAAGGCCUGAUACCAGCACAGGCAGUUUUCAGGGUGACAUUCUAAAGAAUCUGUACGGUUGGGAUAAAACACUGAAAGAAUUAUGUUUCUCAGGAAGAGUGAGGGAAGCAGUUGGGAUAUUGUGCCGCAAUGGACUGCGAGUGGAGUCUGAAACGUAUUCCCUUCUUUUGCAGGAAUGCAUUUUUACGAAAGCAUACAAGCAAGGGAGAAGAAUUCACUCACAAAUGGUUGUUGUCGGGUUUCUCCCAAACCAAUACCUGACAAUCAAACUGUUAAUCCUGUAUGCAAAGUCAGGAGAUAUGGAUACUGCCCACAAUAUAUUUGAUAGGUUAAACUUUAAAUGCCUCAUCUCCUGGAAUGCAAUGAUUGCAGGGUAUGUGGAGUAUAGAAUGGAAGAAGUCGGCUUAUGCCUUUAUUACAAAAUGAAACAACAUGGCUUGAAUCCCGACCAAUACACUUUCUCAUCGGUCUUUAGGGCAUGUGCCUCUUUGUCUAUUUUGGAACAGGGCAAGCAAGCACAUGCUAUGGUGAUCAAAAGGAAAAUAUGUCGAAACCUAGUUGUUAAUAGUGCCCUUAUGGACAUGUACUUCAAAUGCAGUAGUCCAUAUGAUGGCUAUCUCGUGUUUGAGAAGUCAUUGGAGAAGAAUGUCAUAACAUGGACUGCCCUGAUUUCUGGAUUUGGGCAGCAUGGUAGGGUAGUGGAGGUGCUAGAGUCUUACCAUAGAAUGGUCAGUGAAGGUUUUAGACCCAACACUGUAACAUUUCUUGCAGUUCUUUCUUCUUGUAGCCAUGGAGGGUUAGUAGAUGAAGGUAGAGAAUAUUUUUCUUCAAUGACAAGAGAUUAUGGGCUUCAACCAAGUGGGAAACACUAUUCGGCUAUGGUUGACCUUUUCGGACGUGCAGGGAGGUUAGAAGAGGCUUAUGAGUUUAUUAAAAACUCACCCUAUCAGGACCACCCUGUGUUAUGGGGUGCUUUGCUUGGGGCUUGUAAGAUUCAUGGAAAUAUGGACAUGCUUAAACUCGCUGCUAUGAAUUUCUUUGAGCUGGAACCGGAGAACGCCGGGAAGUACGUUGUCCUUUCUAAUGCCUAUGCCUCAUUUGGUUUGUGGAACAAUGUUGCAGAAGUCAGGAGAGUGAUGAAAGAGUCGGGUGUUAAAAAGGAGACUGGUCAUAGCAUGAUUGAGGUUCAAAGACAAGCACACUUCUUCUCUAUGGGACAUAAUACUCAUGCACAAACAGAUUUGAUAUUUGAAGUGAUUAGGGACUUGACUUACAUUUUGAAGGACACAGGAGAUGUCCCAGAACUCAGAAGCUAAGGAGAAAGAAAGUUGUAGUUCACGUAUUAUCUUCUCCAGAACCCCCACCCUGCCACCCCUUUCUGAGUGGCCUGGAUUAUGUUCUAGUAAUGCAUGAAAUGCUUUUGCCAGUAAGUUUUCUGGAUCAUUUUGCUCAAUGUCAUUUAUAUGGAAAUCAAAUUGCUGACCAUAGUUAUCUUGCAUUCCUGUUAAUAUUGUUAUUAUUUUUGCUGUUAUUAUUAUUGUUGUUGUUGUUGUUAUUGUUAUUAAUAUACUAUUACUCCGCAUUUUAAAGUUUGCCAGACUUUCCUUUUUGGGAUGUACUUGAAAGUUUGCUACACUUUCCCCUUUUGGUAAGUUUUCCUUUAAAAAUACUCAAUUACUUUUAUUUUUUCUACCUUUUUAUCUUCUCUUUUAAACUUUUACACUCUUUUUCUACACUAUUCAUUACCCCUUCUACUUUUUUUCUUAAAUAAUGUGCCAAAACCUAUUGUAGCAAUCAUUAAAGGAGGGAGUAUUAUUAUUAUUAUUAUGACUAUUAUGAUUAUUAUUAUUUUCAUUAUAUAAUAAUUAUUACUCCGUAUUAUUAUAUUAUUAUUAGUAUUAUUAUUACUAUCAUCAUCUUUAUUACCACCACCACUACUACAAUACUACUUAUUCCUCAUUUCUUUGAUCCGCAGGGGGUCUUGAGUAUUAGAUGUUGAGUGGUGGGGGUUUGGGAGGAAAAGAGGAAAAUAAAUGCAAAGUUCAUAUGUGAAAAGGGAGUAUCCUUUUGAGGAAGACAAGUGAUCACUUUAUGAUGAUGCGGUGCAGUGGGAGAUUAAUUUUCAUUGUGGUUACUGCACAAACAAAUGAAUGCUUGACCAUUGGUUGAUUUAGGGUUCGUUUGGUAACUCUCCCUUCAAGAAGCAACUCAAUUGUUUGGAGCAUUGGCCUAGGAAUCGAGAGGAUGUUGCCGCGAGAAUAAAUAGUUGUGACUUGACAAGAAGCAACACCGGUAGAGAUAGAGGUGUCGUCUGUUCAGCGUGACUCAGAUCUCAGAUCACACACUGCUGUCCAAGGUCAUUUUUGGGCUUCAUAACGCAACCUCUUUGAAAUAAAGGGGUUUGAGGAUAGAAAUAACCAGCUCAAAACCACUAUGAGAGCCACUUUAAGCAAGAUCAGAUCCUAGAGUUGGAGGUUUAAAAAGAGACUCGGCACCAUGGAGUUGUAUUCAAGAGGAAUGUAACACACAACCAAGCUAGUGUUAAGAAGCUUUUAUGGAUGAGGUAACAAUGAAGGGGAUUUCAUUUUUAAUAUGCACAAUUUCAAAAACUUCUAAAGUUGUCUGUGCUAGUUUAUAAGAAUUCCUAUAGAAUUAUAGAUCAUGCUCAUGCUCAUGCUCAUCACAUUUUUCGUGUGCACACGCUACCAUAUUACAUAUGUAGUAUAAUCACGAUGAUUUAUACCUACAUCAUCACUAACAUUACUCCCCUUGAAAUUAGCAUGAUAUAUGACAUUUCCCCUUUAUACUUAA